CCGGGCGCGAACCACUGUCCGCAGGGCAGGGUUGGAAGGGGGUCGUAAAACGUGCCCUGCUUUUGCGCUCGGAAACGCAGACUGUGAUUUCCAGCUCGGGUAUCUUUGGGCAAAACCUCCUCGGCUUGGUGGGAGGAGGUACCGGCAGGGUCAGGAUCCCACAGGUGCUGCUGGUGGAACAGGAGGUGACAGGGCAUUGCUUUUGCGAGAGGGAUCUUGAGGCCUGUUUUGCAAAUGGCAAACAAGGGCAAAUUUUGCGAAAUUUGAAAAAUUUUGUAAAUAGCAAAAAAAAGCAGAAAAAGGGAAAAAAAAGCCCUCAAACUCUGCUGAGAUCUCUUCACAGGUCAGGAAAACACCUGGCAACAAGGCCAGGUUCUGCCCCAGCUUGGGCAAGUUGUGCCUCUUGCCCAGUUGCACAGUGCCACUAGGAGCACAAGCUUUGCCCCUGCAUUUACUGAAGGGGGAUGUGGUCAGGCCCUUCUUGAAUGAAGGAUGAAUUUGUUCACUCUAGUGAAUAAACAGUGCUGUACUGUAUUACUGAAAUAACAAAAAUAUAGAUAAUGUUGUAAUGCUUUUAAUUGACUGGUUUCUCGUUGUUCUGGGGUGUGGCCAAAACAGAAGUGCUGAACUUGCCAGGGCAGGCUCUUGGACAGGCCGUAUCUGAUGUCCUUAGUUAAAACCUAUCUGCAGAAGGCAGAAAGAUUUGAUCAAGUCUCAGCAAAGACAGAGGGACUUGAUGUCCAUAAUAUGUCCGGACACUUGUACUUCUUUAAAGAAACUGGAAUAACUCCUAUCUUUGAAUAUGCACAGUAGCACUUUUUCCUGCUGUGGUCUAAUAGCUAGAGCAGGGCAGAGUGUCUGGUUUCUAGUUGUGCUACAAACUCAUGCAUCUAUGAGCAAGUCACUUUGUUUCUUUGUAUCUUGGUUUCCAUGUAGGUUAAAUAGGGAUGAAGAUGCAGGCCUUGGAGCUGCUAUUUGGAAAGUCAUGAGAUGCAAACAUUACUGUGACCUGGAAUGGAAAGGAGAGAGGGAGUUAGCAGAGCCCUGCUUCUAAGUCAGUGGGGAAAAUGGGAACAGACAUUAAAAAUGUGAGCUGGAAAUUGUGAAAAUAGCUUAAUGGGGGCUUAUGCUAACUUGCCUUCUGUUUUGUUUGUUUAAUUUGCUUAGUGAAGGUGAGGCAUCAGCAGGAGACCAGUCCCACAUAUAACCACAUUUUCCCACUUCACAGACUUCAGAGAGGGGUGUGCAGGAGAGCCUUUGUGUGCUUUGGGGCAUGCAGGGUAUGUGCUGAGCCCACUUCUCAUACACGGUGUGCUGUGAUAGUUCACCACGUUGUCUUCAGUGUGUGCUCCUGAAGAUGUCUGUUUAAUCAGAUUUAGUCUAAGAGGAAUCAGGAUUGAGAUGAUAAAAAAUCUCUUUUGAAUUCUACUCCAGUUCUGCAGAAGAAAAAAAUAAAAACUGUGGAAGAUUCCUACUUUCUAAAACUUUGUUAGGAACGGCCCACAGUAUUUUCUGUCCUGAAAAUACAUGCAGGCAACAGCUUGUAUGUGUUUGCAGGAGUGGUGCUAUGGAGAAAAUUCUCAGGCUGUGGCUUGUCCCUGGGGGCUCAAAGAGAUGCCGUAUAAGGAUAAGGUGUUAACUGCUGAUAAUUUUGUAAAAGGGGAUGGGUACGUCAUGAUCGAGAACAUCCUGGCAUCAUACAGGCCGAGAUCAGCACAGUCAGUCUCAUGUUCUGAGAAUAAAAUGCGUACCAGAACAGUCAAAAGAGGAUUUUUCUUCCCUUGCUCCAACCUCUGUUGUAGAUAACCAUUACAACUGACUGUUUUUAAAAAAAAGGAGAACGCCUCUUCUUUUGCAGUAUCGGGUAUUUGGAGAAGGACAGCUUGGAACUGUUUCCUCUAGAUGGAGACUCAUCAUAGCAGUCUUUAAUUCCUUAUUCUUCCUGGUGAUACCAGUUGAGUUUGGUCCUUCUAAGCCAGCCAGUGAGAUGCCUGAGGUUUGAAAUCUGUCUUUGACACGAUCGAUGCUCUUUGGCAAAAGAUUUGCUUCUCCCAUGGUGGCUAGUGUACCUCCUCUCAUGGCUAGAGAAUGUAUUGCCUUUAUGCUGUCGGUCUGCUGGGAAGGUUUUCUGGACAUUGAUAUUGCUGACUAGAAUGACAGAAGUUAAUUUAUCUUGAAGGUUGAGGUGACAAAUCUAAGGCCUUCCUGUCCCACUGGGAAGCUUUUGGACAAACACAUUUGUGUGGUCUGGAAACCUUUUAAAGUCAGAUUCUUACUUCUAAGCAAAAAAAAUGUCUUCUUGAUGAUACAUAUGCAAAGAUGCAGGAAACCCCUUUCCACCCCUUUCUUUGGAAAUCAUUUACACCUGCUCAUGGUGUAGGUAAAUCGCUAGUUGACUGGAAAGCCUGCACUCAGGUGUGAAUGUUUCUGGCUGGUACAGGCAAUGGAGAUCAGGUCCUGAGACAGGCACCCACCUGUAAACUUUUCAGACAUGCACAGUUUGGGAAGGUGACACAGGACAGUUAACACUAAUUGCACUGAAAUCCAUAGCCUUGAAUGAGUAGCCCCAGCAGCGUAUGUGACCAAGUCAACUGUAUGUUUUCAUAACCUCAAGAUACUUAUGUUGUUUGCCUAGUCAUUUUUUUCAUGCUUUCCUUGGUUUAUCCUAAGACACCAUCUUCACACAGAUUACUUACCCCCCUGGCUCAAACACACUGCAAAGCUUUUCUUCCCAGUAUCCAUACUGGCUAUCUGCUACUGCAAAUGAGUUCUCAGUGCUUGAAAUGCUAAGGCAGGCUCUCACUCUCUAGGGUGGCCUUGCACACAACAUCCAGCAAAGGAUAAAACAGAUCAGAUUUUUGUGGAAACCCUCCUGCUGCUCUAGCCACAAGCAAAGUCAAUAGCACGAGCACUUCUGUCAGGAAAAAACUACAUUAUUAGUUUAGCACAACUUCAGAGGUCAGAAAAGUGUCUCUUAUUCAGGAACUCUCUGGUCUUACGGGACCUGAUCUGCAGUAUGUUGACUUUGACAGUACCCCAUGUGAUCAGGAUCAAGGUGUCUUUAUGAACAGGAACCCUCAUUUCACUUGGAAAAAGAGCCUGUCAAAACUGUUAUUUAAUGCAAAGGUGAUGGUAUGGGGGGUUGACUAAACAAACAACUUUUGAAGAAAACUUUAUGGAAAUUGCAUCUUGUUUAUCAUUUGGAGAAGAAAAAAGUCAAUAGUUUUAGACUGAGAUUUUUUGAUGUGGGUUUGAACAAAAGUCAAACAUUUCCCUAUCUUCUCUCCCUUCCCCCUUCAAUCCUGGCUCCCAUUUCUGCUGUGGAAGUGCAUUCAGCUAGAGCAGAGAGGACACCUGGAACGUGUCCCGCUACCUACAAAACUUUGGGUAGCAACAAGCCUUAAAAGAUGAAGCAAAUAAAAAUGACUGGUUUAUUGGCAGAGGUGUGACACCUUUCAGAGUCUGAGUCAUGUGAUGACACCUACUGUCCUCGCUCUGAGGCAGUAUCUGCAUUGCCCUUAAUAUCGAUGUGCUCAGGACCUCUUUACCAGGUGCCAAAGAAAUAGGUCACAGUGGAGUAGUAGCAGCCCUCAGCUUUGGAGGUGGAGGAGGCCCCUGCUCACCUUUCUCCCUCCUGGUUUUUGUCCUCCUGCCUUUAUCCCUUCUGUUCCCACAGGUAUCUUCAGAGCGUCCCACGUCCAUGGUGCUUAUGCAUGCAAGAAGCUGCUACAGCCAGUUUGUCUCACUGCUUGUGCUUCCCUGCCUGUGCCCCCACACAAACAUAAAACAUGAGCUACUCAUUUGGGAAACUAUUUAUUUUUUCUGUACAGCCCAGCAAAGGAUGUGUCAGCACUGAUGCUGCUUCUGAUUAGUUUUUGGUUUGGGGAGGGAUGUUGCGGUGGAAACUGGGAGUGUGAUCUGGGGUCUUUCCACAGCCAUGUGUGAGCUGUGAUUAACCUUGGGCUCCUCAGCUCCAGAGGUCUGUGUCUGUGGCAGCUGUCAAACGGGGUGACACAGCGGGACUGUCCCUUCAGACUGACCUCCUAGAUUGAGCUGAGACAGGAAGCUGGCAGCCAAAGCAAACGCGCACAUCCCUGUCUCAUGUCCAAGCGCUUUUGUUUCUAAGAGCUAAUGCGGUAUUUGUCCACUUGCUCCCCAGGAGAAUGGGAGGGAGAGGAGGAAGUGUGAAAAGACUCCGGGGGAACUGAACAGAAAAGCUGCUAUUUUAUCUGAGAAAACUAAUGUUUUCCCUAGAAAGUCAAAUUCCCUUUUGAAAGGAGACUUCCAGCGUUCAGGAAAUCUCUUUUGUGCCAGUAGGUCAUUGGGAUCCCUUCAGCAAGCUGGGUGUCACGUCCUGUCCAACAGUCAAGCUCUGUAAGGAACCACAGUGUUAUAAAUGCAUUGAUAGGGUGUCGCUUGAUUUGUUAAGAUUAUGCUUUAAUGAAAAUGUGGCAUAAUCUUUUCUACUUUUUCUCUUACUGUUAAAUAAAAGGAGGAGAGUUUGAAGAAUGAGCUGGAGGAUGCUUUUAUUGCAAGCCAGAUCUCUGAGAUGAAAAGAGGUGGUAUUUAAUUAAAGCAGCUGACUGAUACUUUUAAAUAUCAUUCUUCUUGUUCCAGUACAAGAGUAACAUUUGCCCCAGAGGAGUACACAUGAUAUUAACUGUUUUGAUAAGUCUGUAGAAAUGGCGUGUAUGUGUUUGUUUAUGUGUGUGUACAUACGAUAACAUCUGAUGAUGAUGCUUCAUGCCAGGCAAGUUCAAUGAGCUAUCAGCUCACAUCACAACCAACUGCAAGCUUGUUUCGCUUUCUUACAGAAACAUCAGCCCAGAUAAUUUUUUAGAUCCAUUCUCAGCCAAGCACUUAGCCAGUUUGGGGCAUGGCUGUGCUGUUCAGAUCUGAUUCCACAUCCACCUGACCAUAGUGGCCAGUGGUUUUGAAUUCACUGUGUUUUCAGAUCACAAUUUAGAUCCCUCUCAUCAAUAAGAAUAAGCUAACUCAGGUAUUUGAUGGAUGGUGAAAGAUACAUUGAUAAGAUUCUCUUGUUAAGAAGAAAAACUUGUCUCUCCUCUCUCCCAUCUCCUGUUUCCCUCCUCCACAUAAAGUAGGCAUGGUUACACUCUUAAAUAUGAUGACCACUUACGCAAACCUAUGUGGCCACAUGGGAAUCUGCAUACAAAAAAUACGAGUUUUUACUGCAUGUCUUUAAAAAAAUGAUUGUUUUUGACUCAGUACUAAUGCAGACAUUUUUGAAAUACUCUUUCUUUAUGCACAAAAAGAUGAAAUGAAAAGGUCCUUCACUCAUCUUUCCCCCUCCCCCCAGCAAAGCUGUUGUCUAAAUUUGCUUGACUGUUGCUAAUCCUGGGACUAGAGUUGAUGAGCAGCUGGCAACAAUGAAGCCUUCAUUUGAUUUCAGCUGGUGAGAGUGUAGCGGGCUGAAAGGUAAAGUAUUCAUCUUGCAAAUUAGUUGAUUUAAGCCCAAGGUAAGACCAAGUUGUAGAAACAUCUCAGUCCUUCAGUGCUCCAUGCAAAAGGAACCUGAAAUCCCCCCACCCCUGUCACAUCUGGUUGCAAGUGGAGGCCUGUCCUGCUUUCAGUAUUUUGUGCUCUGGAAUUAGCUCCAAGGAAGCAUGCCCUUGGGGAAUGGCAAAAGUGUAACCUAACCUCCUUGGCAUGUGCUGCGCUUGAAAUUACUGAGGGACACAACAGCUUCCUUGAUGAAGCUUGUGUUUACCUUCCUUUAUUUAAGCAAACUUGGGAUCUGUUAAUUUGGCAACAGCAGUCUGGUGGGUGUGCUGGGAGGAUACAUUAAAGGAAGAUGCUUGUAAAGCACCUGAAACAGGAUAAAGAAACACAAAAUGCAGUAAGGGUGAGGAUUAUUGCGUCAAUAAUUCCUAAUGACACUUUUUAACCCCCCGUUUGGUACAGACCUGUGUAGGUAACUGAGUGUGCUCUGCUGCUGAUACCUUUCCUUGGCUGUGGUGUGAGGGGCUGUAGGGUGCAGGCAGCUGCAUGGGCAUAAAGAACUUUUGGUCUGUCCAGGUAGGUCUGGGAUGAGUGAUACAGAUUUUUCCAACAGAGGUAAUGAUUAGAGAGUUACAGUGCAGUGUAAGACAGAAUACCAGUCACUUUGGGUUUCUCACCCACUCUUCUGACAUGAAAAACUGCAGAACAGCCUGCCCAGAGGAGAAGUUUCUAUGGCUUAAAGCUUUGCUUGUGUCCUGGAAUUUGAAGCCUUACAGGUCCCUAGACUCCUGGCUGCAUGCUUCUGCGUUGACAGGAUCUUCCCACCUAUGUAAACUUGCCAUUCAUGCAAACCUGAAGUUCUCUGAAGCUGACUAAUUUCUUAGCCACUGCUAGCUAGGAAGUAGUGCAUCUUACAAGUAAUUACACCUUGGACAGAAAAAUGACAAUAGUUGCACUGUUCUGCUCAACAUAUGGUUUAAUCAAGACCCAGAAAUGUGUGUGGACUUACCCAAGGCAACCCAGUAUGGUAGAGGGAUUUCCAAAGGUGUUUGGAUGCCUCUGAGUCUUUUGUGGAUGAGAAUGAUCCCAGUCAUCCCAGUCCCCAAUUUUUGUCUGAAUGAAAACAAUCAGCCAUCCCUUGUAAUUUUUACUGCUGUUUUUUAUUGCAUUUGAUGUUUGUAGUGCAAAUUAAGUAGUUAGAGCAACUGAAAAUCUUAGUAAGGGCCUUUUCUUUAGGCACAAAUAACAGUAUUUUGUUUUAUAUCUCUGUUGGCCAACGCUAUUUGUAAGCUUCCAACUGAGUAAAGGUUUUGCCUCUUCAGAGAGCACUGACUUUGUGGGAUUGUCCUAGCAGGCUGCAAGAGCUGAUUCAAGCCAUGCUGAACUUGGUGGGAAAACUCCUUUUGCAUCUGAUGAGUGUCAGAUCUAACUCACGAUCUGGAGAUCAGCUCUGCUUCUAGAGUCCUGCUACAGCUGCUGUUAACCAGUCUUGCAAGGUGCUGACACGCUGUUUCACAAACUGAGGAAACUGAGGAAGCAGGAAACUAAAAUUGAACAAUUUGUCACCAUGAAUCUCUUGCUGUCAUUUGAGUCCAUCUGCAUUCUUCUGCUUCCCCAAGUUUUGCUGGUGUUUGGUAUACAAGAAAUUCAUGCUGACCAGGAGAUGAUUGUCAAGAUCUCAGCUGCUGGCCAAUUGAUGCAGUGCUCAGCUUCGGUAGAUAUCCUUUUCCUCCUGGAUGGCUCCUACAGCAUUGGCAAAGGAAGCUUUGAGAGGUCUAAGCACUUCACAGGCAAACUCUGUGAUGCCUUGGACAUCAGUCCAGACAGGGUCCGUGUGGGAAUGAUACAGUUUAGCUCAACUCCUCGCCUUGAAUUCUCACUGGAUUCGUAUCGAACUAAACAAGAAGUGAAAGAGAGAAUUAAGAAGACUAUGUUCAGAGGUGGGAGUACAGAGACAGGUCUGGCUCUGAAAUACGUUCUCCACAAGGGAUUCCCUGGUGGCAGAAACUCGACUGUGCCUGAAAUCCUCAUCAUCCUUUCAGAUGGAAAGUCCCAGGGCAACACUGAAAUACCUGCAAUGCAGGUGAAGGAGAGGGGGACUACAGUUUUUGCAGUGGGAAUCAAGUUUCCAAGGUGGGAGGAGCUGCACGCGCUGGCUAGCCAACCCACUGAGCAGCAUGUGCUUUUCGCUGGAGAUGCCACUGAUGCUGCCAAUGGCUUUUACAGCACCCUCACUGGCUCUAGUGUCUGCAGCACCCCGUCUCCAGACUGCAAAAUUGAAUCCCAUCCUUGUGAACGCAAGACCCUGGAGACUGUGGAAGAGCUGGCUGGAAACUAUGUAUGUUGGAAAGGUUCAAAGCAGCAAAAUGCAGUGCAUGCUUCAUUGUGCCCAUUUUACAGAUGGAAAAGGAUCUUCAUAAAACACCCAUCCAGAUGCUUCCGAACAGUAUGUCCAGGCCCUUGUGACUCCCAGCCAUGCCAGAAUGGGGGUACCUGUGUCCCAGAGGGACUGGACAAAUACCACUGCCUGUGCCCGAUGAGGCACAGAGGAGACAUCCACUGUGCACCAAAGCUGAGCCUUGAGUGCAGGGUGGAUCUUCUUUUCCUGAUGGACAGCUCAGCAGGGAUCAUGCUGGAGGGAUUCCUAUGUUUCAAGGCGUUUCUAAAGAGGUUCCUUCAAGCCGUGAUGGGCCAGGACUCACCAAUGAAUGUGGGAGUGGCCCAGUAUGGUACUGAUGUCAAGAUACCCAUUGAAGUGGGGCAGCACAAGGAUGUGUUUGGUCUCAUGAAGAGUAUUGAGGCUUUGAAUUUCAGUGGAGGAGGAACUCUGACAGGCAGAGCCCUGUGGUACAUUGCACAGCACGGCUUUAGGAGCACCCCAGUCUUCGCAGAUGUACAGGAUGAUCUCCCACGAGUAGUUGUCUUGCUCACUGACUCCAAGUCUCAAGAUCCAGUGGCAGAAGCAGCUAAGUAUGCAAGGGACCGAGGUCUUUUCCUGAUCAGCAUAGGCAGCAGCUUCCUGAGAGCAGAGCUGGCUGAGGUGACUGGCAAUCCAAAGCAGACAAUCGUCUACUCCAGCCCGCAGGAUCUGUUUAACAAGAUCCCAGAGCUGCAGAAAAGAAUCUGCAGUGUAGACAAUCCUGAAGGCUGCCAGGCUCAGUCCCUUGAUUUGGUGUUUGCAGUGGAUGCUUCAGCCAGAGUUGGCCUGGAGAAUUUCCUGCAGCUGAGAGACUUUGUCAGGAGCUGCUCUUUCCAUUUCACUAUCAACCGGGAUGUCACCCAAAUUGGCCUUGUGGUCUAUGGCAGCAAAGCUCACAUUGUGUUCGCGUUGGACACCCACACUAGCAAUUCAGCUCUUCUCCAGGCCAUCAACCAGCUUCCCUUCCUUGGAGGCUCAGCCUCUGCUGGCAGUGCCUUGCUGCGUAUUUAUGGUGACGUGAUGACUGUGCAGAAAGGAGCAAGGCCUGGUGUCAACAAGGUGGUGGUGAUGCUCACAAAUGGAGGUGGCAUGGAGGAUGCAGCUUCCCCAGCUUGGCAGCUGAGGAACAAUGGCAUCUUGGUGUUUGUAGUUGUCAUUGGAGAUGCACAGAGGGACAUGCUGCUGAGGGUUGCUGGGUCUCCCAACUACCUGCUCCACAUCUCCUCCUAUAAAGACCUGCAGCAUUAUGAAGACCUUAUCAUCGAAAGAAUCUGUGAAGAAGCAAAAAGCCCCGUGAACCUGUGCAAACCCAAUCCGUGCAUGAACCAGGGUGUAUGCAUCCUUGGGCCUGGGAGCUACCGGUGCAAAUGCCACGGCUGGGAAGGACCUCACUGUGAAAGCAGAAUUGUCAGGGGUGAUUCGCCGAGAUCCCUGGUCCUUCCUCCAGACUCCCAUGUGCAGCAGAGUCCACGUGGGUUGCAGCACUUCUCCAGAGCUCCCCGCCACACCGAAAAGCAUGUGGAUUGGAAGCACUGACACAGAUGCACUGAAUGCACCGGUUCUCCUCCUGGGAAUGCUUGCUUAUGGCCACUUGUGGGCAUGAUCUGACAAGCCACCGCUGUCCUCUGCAGUGACCAGUUUACCCCCGCCCAGAGACUGCGCUGAUGCCGUUCCCAGUUCCUGCAUCACCCAAGCUGAGCUUCCCAGUGCUCUCUUUCUUUUUGUAUUAUGUAAAUAUUUGUGUUUAAGUAUUUAUUAUUGAUAUUUUGAGUUUCCUCAUCCAGGCUGUAGUGCUGUGUGAUUUUUUUUUUUUUUUUAGCAGACUUCUUGACAGAUCUUUGAGUUAGUCUAAAAAUACAGUAAAAGUCUGAGUAAUUCUGGCCCUCCUGCUGAAAGGAGGUAAUAUGGAUUACAUGCUGGCAAGCAGAGCUGCAAAGGCAAAUGUUUUUAAGAGAGUAUUGAAACUACUGAAACCAUAGGCUGGAUCAGAUUGUGAGUCAGCUGUAAUCUUGAUGUUAAUUUUUGGACCAGCAAAAAGAUUUGGUUGUCUUUCUAAAUCUGACUGCUUGAGCUCAGCCAGAAGUGAUGGAAUUUUGAUGGAAAAAUUAGAGAGUGAAAUUUUCUGGCCUAUAUUUUUUUAAUGCUACAGCUUAGUACAUCCUUGCUAGAUAAAGAGGAGUAGGGCAGCCAGUCCCCCUGGCUCCUCACGUACCCCCAGUCCCACUGUAUGAGGCACAGGUGCUUGGGAGCUGGGUCUGGGGUCUUUUUAAUGAAAGAUUUAAUCCUUAAUGGUCCUUUCUGAUCCUUCUGAGCAUCCCCUCUUUCAGGGCUCUUCUGUGGCUCUCAGCUUUACCACGUCACCUUACUCUCCUUUUGGAGGUGGGCUGUGGAGAGUAGGGUGCUUGACCUGACCUGAACCCGAACAGAGAGUCAAACGGCACUUCUGCCUCCCCUCACUGUUUAAAGCUGAUUCACCCCCAGCACGGAGUGAUCUCUGCACUGCUAGCUGGACCUCUCAUGGGCUGUGAUGCUUCACAUGCGUCUACAAAGACACAGUUUGGCCUCAUGCCUGCAUCUUUGAGAACAUCAGCCUCACUGGAUUGCUAGAUCAAUUUGCCCAUGAAACUAUUCAACUUACAUAAUUGUUCCCCCAGGGCCACCUGGUUCACACUGUUGUGUGGUUUUCUGCUGCUUUUCCCAUGGCAUCCCUCACCUCUGGAGACCAAAGCAGCUCUGGACAGAGCGAAGGCAGAGACACCAACUGUGUUAAAAGCACUCAUGAAAACAGCGUCUAUUGUUCCCAGAAGAAGAAAAAUCCCUUCACCCAGAUAUCCAGGCCCCAUGUUUGGAUGGUAACAUUAGAUGUACAAAGAGAGAGACAAAUUAUUCCUCAGGUUCAUUGUUGAAGGAACAAUGGUCUAAAGCACUGCUGGGGAUAAAAGCUGGCACGGAGACAAGAGUAACACUAUCUUGUACCUUGUGGGAGAAAGCAAGCUAGGAGGAAAGAGAAUUUCCGCUUUCUUUUCACUGUCACUUUGGUAGAUUGUCUGUGUCCUUAGGUGCCUAAGGCACAGCAAAACAGAGGCUUAACUGAAGGGCUGACAUUUGGGAUAGAAAUAGCAACUACUCCAUUAAUGUUACUUACUUAGGCAUGGCUGUAGCUAUGCAUUGUUUCUGCUGCAAAAGUGUCAGUCAUCUCUUGUAGGGAGAAUGGGCUAGAUCAGAUUCACAGCUAAAAUCCAAAGGUGUGAUUUGUAUUGUAUGAUGUAGAACUGCCCAUGGAGCUGGCUAAAUUCCAGCCAAACUGCCCUGAAAACUAUUCCUGCUCCCGUUGUGCAUCCUCUGUUGUGUGACGACUCAGAGAGACUGUGACUUCCUACCCUUGCUGCCCAGUCAUGUUGCUGGAUUUGCAGCUCCCUGGCAGUUUCUCUUAUAUACUUCAUCUAACUUCCUCUCAAACUGAAACAUAUUCUCCUUUUUAAGCACACAGCUCUGGAGCUGGGACAUGCUUUCCUUGCCUCAUACAGGUGUUUGUUUAAAGCCUUUUCCUUUUUAUGUGUGUUGCCUGCAGGAUAGUUUGUACAGUGCUGCUGAGCACUUUGGCUUGUGGCAAGCAUAGUUUAAUCGUAAUCUUUGUGUGUACAUUCUCUUUAUUUUAAUACAUAGCUAAUAAGAACAUUUUUAGAGUGUAUGGGCUUUACUGGGACAAAAGAUGCUUGUUUUGGCAGUGAACUAGGGAAAAUCCUUUGCUGCAUUUUAAGCACAGAUGGGAAACUGCUGUGUGUGAAGCAAGAACCACAGACUCUGAACUCUGGUGCUGGGCAUGACAGUUUCAUGCUGGGUGGGCUGCGUCUGGCCCUCUGCAUCAGUUCCUGAAGGUGCCCAUAAGCAUUAAGGAAGCCCUGAGGCUUGCAAGGCUGUUGGCUCUGCCCUCCAUGAGUCCCUGCCUCCCCGAGGCUCCUGCCCAGCAGCUACGCAAGCAGCACCCAUCUGUGGGCUCUCUGGUUAGCUUUACCCCUGCUCCCUACUGCACGACCCUCUUUCCAGUUUGUUUAUUGUUUUUGGCCCAGUCUGAGCAAUUUGGGAUGAAUUCAUUUAAAAACUUAUGGCUGUUCAUGAAGUGCAGGGAAAAGGGGCUGCUUUUAGGUCAUGCUGAAGUUCUUCUGCCUUUGAAUUUAACUACUGUAGCACUAUAGUUGAGCAGCGCAAAGUCUUGGCGAUUUGGUGGGAGGCUGCCCUAUGUGUCAGGGAUCUGCAUGUGCUGCUGCUGUGACAUUGCUUUUAAGUGUGGCUGAAUGUUGAAGCCUUGUAUGUGGCUCAGACAUGUGCCACAGAGCCUGUUUGGAUUUGCCUCCAGCGUCCCUCAAGGUACUGGCCUCUCUGCAUCGUGUUCUGCAUUGAUGAGCAGCUCUGGCCGCUGCAGAUAGCUGGGAGCCGGCCGCCUGCCCUCGGGAGCAGUCCAGGAAUCAUGCAGGCAGUGAUACGCAAUAAUGCACGUGCCUUGGGAAAACCCAGCUUGAUCUCAGGUGAUGUCUGUUCCUCAUAUUGCAAUGCUUAAUUCUGCACCCUCAGCCUUCCCUUUCCUUGACGUUUUGUCAAAGGAGAACAAAAAUUAACAGCGUCACCCCAGCAGCUCUCCUUUUCUACAAGGUCAAGCUCUUUGUAAGGUAAGAAGGUGUCGGGGUACUGGGAGGAGGCAGGAAAAGCCAACCUGAUAACAAAGAUGGGGGCGUAUGCUGUGGCAGAGCACUGGUCUGAAGGAGACCUGCUAAUCCCACAGGCAAGAAAGACAUUACUGAGCAGUUGCUAGGGCACAAAGAAAACUUGUGCUCAGGUGAUGGCCUGCCACCUAACUGCCUCUCAACGAGGCAGGCUGCAUUGCCUUAGCUCGUAGGUCUUUUGUCUUGGCAGGACUGACGAUGUAAAUGAAUGCAGAAUUUGAUCCCUGGCUUCACUGAGACCACGUGCACCGGCCCUCCAGGCAGCUAAAUGCGAGAGGUGCUCUUGCAAAGGUGCCUGGCCUGCUGGAUGAGCUGUUGGCUGCUCCUGUGCAUGCACUGACCUCAGGGGAGCACCUGGGUCUCAGUUAAGAAACUGGAAUUUAUAUAAACCUCUUCCUGACUUUCCCUUCAGCAAGUACUAAACAUAGCACAAAGUUGCUACCUAGUGGACAGCGUGAGUACAGGACCACUGAUGUUGAGCAGCCUGUUGAGUGGAAAGCAGAGCAGCUCUCUUCUUGACAGUGACAGAAACCACCGUGAAAUGUCUGGACAACUGCUGCCAGAGGACAGCUGCCAGGGAUUGUAUGGUGAGGAUAUGGUACUAAGGAUAUUUAGGGUAGAGAGAGGCUCUCCUGCCAGCUCAUUAUGCGUCAAAACAAAAGCUUCAUGGUGCCUGUGGCUUCCUUGUGGUUCAGAGAGUAAAGUUCCUUGGGUCCUGAGCCGGAAGGCUCAGUGGUUUUGUGCAAGAGCUUUUCCCCUAUGCAGACCGUACAUAGGGACAGGCUUGACAGCUGGGGCCUAUGAACUCCUUCUGAUACUUGGGAUUAGCAUUAGCAUGUUACUCAGUCUGUGCUUCAGCAGAGACUUUCAAAAUGGGAGGGAGGUCACCUUUCUCACCUCUGGGAUACUCUGACCAAGUCGCGUAAGCCCAGAGCCUCUCCACAGAACAUCCUCACUCCCCUGAGAGCCACCUCCACAGUGGUUCCUGGAGGCACAGGCCUGCCCUGCUUUGGGCUUUUGUACCUAAUUCCUGUCCUUUAGAAGAAGGACCAUCCCUUCAGACAUGGCUCAUGUGUCAGGCCUUUCAAAGGUUUUCAGGCACUUUAAAAACAUACAGACCAAAUGGGUCUAGCAGAGCCUUUCCCUUUGCUGAGCAGUGCAGAGCACUGCAGAACUGACUGCCAUGUGGUUACAAGUGGGGAAGUGCCCUGGGAGGAGCAAUCUGGGUUAGGAAGCUAUAGCAUUUUUCCCUGUCUGUUCUUAUCCUGGCUCUAGGUACUGCUCAUCGGUGUAUCCACAGGGCCCCUGGAACAAUUCACAUAUCCCAGUCAGGUUACCUUUGCUGCUCUAGCCUCUGCAGGGCCAGAAACCAGCUGCAGACCCCCCCCCGCCAGGAUGAACUCAGUUACUGAGCCUGGACUCCAGGUCUGAAGGAACAUCAGAGGCCAUGAGAUGUGACAGCAAGUCCCAGGGAGGAGAAGGAAGCAGGUGCAUGGAUUUCUGACCCACUCUUUUCUAUUUCACUGUCUCUAAGUUUAGGAGGCCAGAUGUCCAACAUCUGUCAUUAGAAAGCUUGGCCACGGAGCAGAGGGCUGGGCUUUGCAGGCCAUAGUGUUGGGCUUAAAGGUUAUAUUUUAUUUAAUAAUUUGGAUAUAAGGAUCACAACCCUCCAGGACUUCGUCACAACUGCUGCUGAACCAGCAUUACCACAGCACCAAGGCUGCCUGUGGCCCAGCCAGAGAUGUGGCAGUGCAAACUCUCCAGCCAGUCCCUGGGGAGAACAGGUCCUACACCCCUCUGAGCCCAGCCCUUGGCCAGACCACUGCUUCCGAAGGGCCCCUUUCACAUUGGACACAUGCAGCAGACUGUAUAGGGCCAUGAGCCCUCCUGAUGUUGCCUGUGACAAGAAGUCAAAUCAGGAUCCUUGAGGCCUCCAGGUGCACAGAGCACCUUCAGCCAUGGACCAGCAAAGGCCAUGGCCCAAGGUUCAGUGGGCUAGUGUGCACAGGAGAGGGCCGUGCCAGGCUGGGGACGAGUCCAUGAGAGAGACCGCAGCUGUGGCUGGGUCAAGCUGGCCUGCCAUGGCUGUGGGGGGGAGCAGAGGUCAGCAUCAGCAAAGCAGUGUUCAGAGCCUGAGGAAGAGCCUGAGGACAGCUUUUUUCUUCCUCUCCUUGGAAAGAGUGCAUCAGGAUGCAGCUUCCUCAUCUGAAAGGUGGGCAGGCCUAGGCCACUGACAAUUUAGCAACAAGCCUUCAUAUGCGAUCUUCAGAAUAAGUUCCUUAGGUGAAGUAGCUCAGUAUCUUCAAGAAAAUUAACUGAAUCUGUUUGGGAGAUCUUCCUUUGUCCAGAGCUCUUAGUGCCAGCAGACUGUAACACAUCCUACAGAGCUAGAAAGUGAGCAGGGAUCUUUCUUGAUAUUCUGGAAGAUCAAACCUUGCAGCAGACUGAUAGCCUUGUAGGAAUAAGUACAUGGUAUGAAGCAUCUGGUCACUGAUUAAAAAUAUCUGCUUCAUCUGUAUGUAUAGCUUCCCACUGUUAAUUGAGAGGAGUCUCCCCACUGGACACAUUGCUGUGUGCUUCUCAUUUGUGUUUCAACCAUCGCUCCAGUCUGAGUUUCUCCUGCCUGCCUUUGAUUGAAGGCUGGAUCAUCUGCAGCUGUAUGAUGACAGGCAGGAAGACAGCCAGGUCAAACCCAGGUGAAAAGACCUACUGAAGGAAAACAAGGCUGACCUGUUUUGAGCUACGGGACCAGCAGUAAAGACUUGUACUCAGUCUUGGCUCCUUCCCAGACUGAGAGAAGACACGAGACUGCCCCAGCCUGCAGCACCAUGGCCUUACAUGACAGAAAAGAAGCAGCCAGCCAAUAUUGAUUUUUAUCCUGUAUAAAAUGGUGCAUUACCUUAGCUUUCUGUAGAACUGUCCCCUUUCCUGUUACCAUGACAGAUAAAGGUCUGUUUUUUAAAGCUGUCGCUGAAUUGACUGGCGAGCUCUCUGCACUAUUUGCCGGACUGGUGGUUUUCACCUGAAUCUACAAUAAAAAUAAUAAAAAUUAUGACAAAUUCA